UCAAGGGUAAAGAGUUGAGAGUCAGCUUUUGGUGUGCUUGUUUAUUUGUCAUAUUUGAUUUUACAGGUCUCCUGUUUACACAAUGCACUUAGAGCUGUUGUUUCUCUCAUAAUAAUGUUAAAAUAAUUACUCUGAUCCUAAAUAAACAUCUGGCAAGUCCUUUAGAUUUCAGGAGCAGGCUUGAAAGACUGUUUUUAAGAGCUACUCUGGUGUAUGGUUUGUUUCUGUACAGUCAAUGAUUAUCGUACUCUAUAUGCUUUCCUCUUGUUUACCGCCUUUUUUCCCUACCGCAGCACGGUUUUGUUCCCUCCUGCCGGGUGGGAAAAAAAAGAAAGAAAAGGGAAGAACAGGACAGGCAAGCGCUACCAGCUCUUUUCCCCUCAGGGUUACGGGGGGAGCGAGAAAGCGGGGCUGGGGACUUCCUGCCCUUCAGAGGAGCAGGUCGCCCUUCCCGGAGGUGGGAGGCGAGGGGCGCCGCGGGGACGCGCCGCCGGGGCAGCAGCGUGUCCGCGCCCACCGGCGCUGCCUGCGACCCCGCCGCGGCCCCGGAGGGCUCUGGGGUCACCCUGCGGCGGAGGAUGGGGUGGGGAGAACUGCGGGGGUCAUCGCUGCUCCGCGGCCGGGGCAGCCGAGGGACGGAGGGAUGGCGGGAUGGAUGGAUGAAGGAUGGAGGGAUGGAAAGAUGGAGGGGUGAAUGAUGGAGGGAUGGGCGGACUCGGGAUGCAGGGAUGAGAAUGGAGGGAGAAGGGAUGGAAGAGCGAAAAAAUGAGGACCGAGGAACGAAUGGUUGAAGGGCCGACGGACGGAGGGCUGGAAGAGCUAGCGCCCGCGCUUCUCAGCUGCUCCCCCUCCGCUGCGCGCUCCCGCUCCGCUCCCCGCCCUCCCCUCCACCACCGCGCGUGCCCGCGCCCGGAGCUGACUCUCCCUCGCAUCCUCCUCCGGCAGCGGCGGCGGCAGCGCCGGGGAUGGGCAGCGAGAGCGCGCCCAGGAGCAGCCCGGGCCCCGCCGCUCACCCCUGCUCCCGCGACCGCUGCUGCUCCUGCCCCGCCGCCCCCCGCGCCCCGGGGGCAGCGCCGCCGCCGCGCUACCCGCAGUCUCCGCCUCGGACGGAACAAAUUAUGACAUCGACAUCUAAAGGAAUUUUCCGGCCAUUUUUUAUUAUCUUCAUUGUCCUUGGUUGUUUCAUGGCAUUUAUAUUAAUUUAUAUCAAACCAACAAAUAGCUGGAUCUCUGGUCCUAUAGAAUCAGCCAGCUCAGUUUUGAAAAUGAAGAGCUUCUUUUCUUCUAAAACUGAUAAUCUUAAUGAGACUACUAUUUUGAUCUGGGUUUGGCCAUUUGGUCAGACAUUCGAUCUAACAUCCUGCCAAACGAUGUUCAAUAUCCACGGGUGCCAUCUGACUAUUGACCGCUCACUAUAUAACAGAUCCCAUGCUGUUCUCAUCCAUCACAGGGACAUUAGCUGGGAUCUGACUAAUUUACCUCAGCAAGCCAGGCCACCAUUCCAGAAGUGGAUUUGGAUGAAUUUGGAGUCUCCAACUCAUACUCCACAAAAGAGUGGCAUUGAACACCUCUUUAACCUGACCCUGACUUAUCGGCGUGAUUCAGACAUUCAGGUGCCUUAUGGCUUCAUGAUGGUCGGCACAGGUUCCUUUACAUUUGAAGUGCCAAGUAAGGAAAACUUGGUCUGUUGGGUUGUAAGUAACUGGAACCCUGAGCACGCUCGAGUCAAGUAUUACAAUGAGCUUAGCAAAUAUAUUGAAAUCCAUACCUAUGGACAAGCGUUUGGAGACUACGUCAAUGAUAAAAAUUUGAUUCCAACUAUCUCCACUUGCAAAUUCUACCUUUCCUUUGAAAAUUCAAUCCACAAAGAUUACAUUACUGAGAAACUUUAUAAUGCUCUUCUGGCCGGAUCAGUACCAGUUGUAUUGGGCCCUUCCAGAGAAAACUAUGAGAAUUACAUUCCAGCAGACUCUUUCAUACAUGUGGAAGAUUUUCUCUCCCCAAGAGAGCUGGCAGAAUAUCUUCUGAUGCUUGACAAAAACAACAAGAUGUACCUUAGUUAUUUCAACUGGAAGAAGGAUUUCUCAGUGCAUCUUCCUAGGUUCUGGGAAUCACAUGCAUGUCUUGCUUGUGAUCAUGUGAAAAGACACCAGGAAUACAAGUCUAUUGGAAAUUUAGAAAAAUGGUUUUGGAAUUAAUUUAUGUGUGUGUACAUGUGUGCACUUUUUUGAAGAAGCCAGAAGAAACUUCAGUCCAAGUGGAGAGGAAAGGAAAAGAGGAAAAAAAAAAAGAAUGAAAAAGGAAAAGAGAACCUUGUGUCACGGUUUUAUCAGUUAUCCUCUCUUGGCUAUCCUAUUUAUAUUUUAUAAGAGAUUUUAAGAGAUCAUCAGAAGUCAUCAAUACUCAGUUUUAAAUUAUACUGUACAUACUAAUUAUGUGCACUGAAGAAUAUUUGAUUGUUUACUAUAAUUUUUAAACAAAAUUUUCCACUUUUUCUGUGAAAUAUGUCCCAGUCUUACACUUAAGGUAGCCAUUUUAACACUUCUCUUUUUUUAUUUUUAACAUUACAUUUAAUUUUAACCUAUUUGGAAAAUGAGGACACAACUUUUAAAUGCCAGAGAAAAUUUUAAGAACAUAAUUUGCUGAAAUGUGUGGAAUAUUUCAAAAAGCAUUAAAGUUUUCUAUGGUUCACCUUACAUUUUAAGAACACAGUAAAGUUCAAUACUUAUCAUUAUUUCAGUGUGACCAAUUGCACCCCUUUUUAAGGGUGAUGAAUCUAGAAAUAUAAUUUUUAAAAGGUAUUACAAUAGUAGACAGUCUUUGUUUCUAAAAAGAUGUUUCUAACAAAUAGCUCCAUCAAGUUACUUUAGGAAUAUUUCUGUUCUUACCCUCUGAAGAGUAAAGAAAUCAGACAGAGAGAAGAUGAACAACCUUAGUGACCAAAGCCCAGGUUCAUCCAAUCUUUGAGAGUAUUUAAAGGCAGCAUAUCCUUAAGACUCAUCGUGUCUCAAGUAUGGUUUACCUGAACCAGGGCUGUAAGUGGUGUUAUACAGAGAUAAACAGAUUUUUAACAUAGGCAUUUGAUUACAUCAGCCUCAUGCACUGAAUUCAGCUGGGAAUAAUGAAUUUUUAGAAAUAGCUUGUUGCAAAAUUUUAGCAAUUUCUCUCAUAUAAUUUCUUCAAUAAUUGUGAAUUUAUUGCCAAUUCUGUAAAGAUCUGUUGAACUUUAAUUGUAGCAGAACAACUUGCUGUUAUGGCUCAUGAAUUUGGGGGGGAAAAAAAAAAAGUUUAUUUUAUGAAAGAAAUGUGCUGAAAUUCAGUAAACAAGUUAUCAGGCUGACAUAUUCAACAAUUCAACUCAAUUAGAUGAUUUGUUGUUUUUUUAAAGAAAUAUUUUAUGUGACAGGCAUAAACAUGAAGAGCACCAGUUGCUAUAAAUAUUUGAAUAUAUAAAUAGGUUCCUAAGUAUUAAAUCUGCUCUGAUAACAAAUACAUAAAUGUGAUAUUGUCAUGAUUGUUUAAAAUGUCUGCUUUUAAUGUUUGUCAUUUGAUUUUAUUAUUUUUUUCUUUCAGCUAAAACUUAAAUACCUGAUUGCUAUGUAUAUUCAUAUGUACAAAGUUGUUUUAUAUAACAUAAGUGUAUGGAUAUUUUGGUAUCAAAUGAAAGUCAAUUAGCUUGCUUUUUCAGGUCAAAACCUUACAAAUCAUAACCUCUACUGAAAAAAAAAAACCUGUAAAUACUUCGGCUUAUGUGAUAUAUGAGACCCUGAUCAAGCAAAAUUGUUGAUCAAGUACUUAAGAUUAAAAUUUCAGACAAAAAUAUUGCUGAAGUAAGAGAAUAAGAGAGUUAAACAAUGAUAAACAUUUAGUAAAAGAUAAGGUGACUUGUCAGAUUUAUUAUUUUUUUUACCCCAGGCUGGAACAGAAAUACAGAAGGCUGUAAAAGUAAUGAAGUUAUAUUUCUAAAACAGGAAACUCCACAGAAAGUUCAUGCUCUCCUUAUGACUUCAAAAGCUGUUUUCUUAUCCAGAUAUUUAUUUAUAUUAUUUAUUGCUGUAUUUAAAGGCUACUUUGCAAUAUACUGUGAACCUCCUAAAUUCACCAGCAUUACAGUAUGAAACAAGAUGAGCUUACCUUGCAAAUUCAUGCAAUAUAAUGAAAUGCAGUCUUCUAAAAGCAAAGCACUGACAUGGAUAUAAUGUGAGCAGUAUUUCUAUCAUUUUGAAGGCAAGUGGUUAUUGCCUACAGUCCGUCCUGUAGGACAUCAUGCCUUUUGUUUUCAGGAAGGCUAUGAAAUUCUCGGUCACUGAAUAUGUCACUACUUUGGCUGGAUAAUCUGAUUCCCUUGAUGCUGGAAUUUGGAAGUUCUUUGCAUUGAUCUCAGUGGAAGUACAUUCACCCCUUCGUGAAUGUGCACAGUUUUCAUUCCUCAUUUCAGAUAGUGAGAAUUGUGCUGUGUUUUACAAGGUCUUAUGUCAAAUCAGACUGGUUUCUUGGCAUAAAGACAGCCUAUAAAUUGUUAUAUUAAUAACAAGUAAGCACAAUAAUAAGAUAUAUGACCUGUAACUACAAAUAUCAGUCUGUGUAUACACAGGAAUGUUUUGAGAUAUGUGCUAAAUUUUAAGGCUGUAAGUAAUGUAAUAUCUCUGUGAACACUGAAUCCAGCCAGCAUGGCUAAUCUUGUGCUGAAUUUUAAGAAAUGUGAAGGUCUUUUGAUGGAACUGGAAAGAGAAUUGUUCUCUUCACAGAAACUCCACACAAGGCUUAUACACUUUGCAUUCAGGAUAUGUUGCUAAAAUUGUUUCAAAUAUUUAAAAAAAAAAAAAAAAAAAAGGAGAAGAUAAAUCUAAUCCAGAUUGAAAUGACCAAGAAUCAAAGAAUCAUGACCAAAGCCUGUACAAAAGACAUGACCCUAAUGCGUCACUUCUUGAAGAGUAUGGGCUUGGAACAUAAGUGAGCCAACCAUUUCAAGGUUGUCUGGAGGUAUCAAGCCUUAAGCAGUUCUGGAUGUAAAGAGCUUUGCAGACAGAAGAUGAAGCAUCUUCAGGCAUGUUCAGCCAAUGUGGUAAACCAUGUAAAGCAAUGGAUGUAAAACAUCUGGACUCCAUGCAUGCAUAAAGGCAGUGUACCCAGACCUACACAUCUAACUCACACAAGAUUGAUUCCAGUCUAUGUAUAGCAUAAAGCAUUGUGAUGUCAAUGAGUUACCCUACAUGAACAGCAUGCAUAAAUGGACUCAAAUAGCAAAUCACUGUGAAGGAGAAUGGUUAAAACCAAUUAAUUAUGGUAGUAUAAAUUACACGGAAUUAGUUAAAAUAGAGAACAAGGUAUGAUUAGUGCCUUGGUACCUCUGGCAAAAGAAUAUACUUGUACUAGAAAGAUGAGAAAUCACAGAAUCUUAGGGAUUGGAAGGGACCUCGAAAGAUCAUCUAGUCCAAUCCCCCUGCCAGAGUAGGAAAACUUAGAUGAGGAAUGUGUCCAGGUGGGUUUUGAAUGUCUCCAGAGUAGGAGACUCUACAACCUCCCUGGGCAGCCUGUUCCAGUGUUAUGGCACCCUCACUGUGAAGAAGUUUCUUCUCAUACUUAAGUGGAACCUCCUGUGUUCCAGGUUGCACCCAUUGCCCCUUGUCUUAUCACUGGUUGUCACCAAGAAGAGCCUGGCUCCAUUCUCAUGAUACUCACCCUUUACAUAUUCAUAAACAUUAAUAAGGUCACCCCUCAGUCUCCUCCAACUUAAAGAGCCCCAGUUCCCUCAGCCUUUCCUCAUAAGUGAGACGCUCCACUCCCUUAAUCAUCUUUGUCGCCCUGCGCUGGACUCUCUCCAGCAGUUCCCUGUCCUUCUUGAACUGAGGGGCCCAGAACUGGACACAAUAUUCCAGAUGUGGUCUCACCAGGGCAGAGUAGAGGGGAAGGAGAACCUCUCUCCACCUACUAACCACGCCCCUUGUAAUACACCCCAGGAUGCCAUUGGCCUUCCUGGCCACAAGGGCACAGUGCUGGCUCAUGGUCAUCCUUCUGUCUACCAGGACCCCCACAUCACUUACCCCUACGCUGCUCUCUAACAGGUCGUUCCCCAACUUAUACUGGAACCUGGGGUUGUUCUUGCCCAGAUGCAAGACUCUACACUUGCCCUUGUUGUAUUUCAUUAAAUUUUCCCCGCCCAACUCUCCAGCCUGUCCAGGUCCCGCUGGAUGGCAGCACAGCCUUCUGGCAUGUCAGCCACUCCUCCCAGCUUGGUGCCAUCAGCAAACUUGCUGAUAGUACACUCUAUUCCCUCAUCCAAGUCAGUGAUAAAUAUAUUGAAUAAUACUGGCCCCACUACUGACCCUUGAAGCACUCCACUAGAUACAGGCCUCCAGCUAGACUCUGCCCCAUUGAUUACAACUGUCUGGAUUCUUUCCUUCAGCCAGUUUACAGUCCACCUCACUACCUGAUCAUCCAGUCCACACUUCCAAAUCUUCACAUCUUUCACACCACAUCUUACUAUUUUCUCAACAAUUGUAUUUCAGGCAUUCAGUUUAUUUUAUUUGCCAGUCCACAAUAAUCUGGCACAUGCACUUGUCACAAGUUAAAUUGUCAGUCACUGAAGACAAAGAGUAAUCAUUAUUCUCAAUUUUACAAUGGCUUCUUUUUGAUGUUUUUAGCCUCUCUGUCAUGCACUGAGCUACCGACAUUGCUGCCUUUCUCAGUGCGGAAAAUAAGACCCAAACCAGAUAAAAUACUAACUGCAGAUGUAUUGCUACCCCACUGAAUGCGAACAGACAUCAGACAAAACUGGCAGCAGAUCCUUUUAAAGCAGAGUUGUAAUUUUAUUUCACAGACACUCAAUGACCACAGCAGCUCUUGCUCAGUGUGAGAUCUCCAUUCCUUAGCAAAUCCUGGUUGCCCAUUUCUUUGAAUACCUCUUGCCAUCCAAGGUGUCUGUAUUCUCAAUGAACAAGCAGCUUGAGCAAGGCCCGCAGAAUGUGUGAGACACAACCAGCAACAUAUUUGUCUUUCAAGAAACAGAUCAAAUAAAAUGAAAGUUGGACUGAGACAGCAUGAAUGUGGGGAUUUGUAGAGUUCAUGCAGGCUGAGCAAGAUACAGGAAACUGGCACUACUAAAUACAGUAAACAGAUACUUACUGUUUCUAGUUUGUUUCUCAAACGGGGCUUUAAAAAAAAUAAACGUAACAAGUAAUUUUCUCACAUCUGUAAUCAAGCAAGCUUCAGUUAAAUAAACAAAAACUGUUGCUGAUUUUUCAAGUAUGGGACUCCCACUAACCUUCUAUAAUCUCUUUUAUUAGAUAAAAAAUAACAUUCAGGGGGAGGAGUGAAGUCUGUCAGUAAGAUAAUCAUAUUUCUGAUCUGACUUCAAAAAUCUAUUCUUAUUUUUUCUUUAUUGAUUUUGAAACAAAUCUUCACGUCCUCUGGCAACAAUACUUCCUGAACUUGAUUCAAGAAAGACCUUAAGCACAUGCAUAUGACCAUGAGAUUCGAGCACGUGCUUACAUUUAAGAACAUCUCAAAUGUUUUAAUGCAUUGGAGCUUCAAACAGUAUGCUUUCACUGCCUUUGGGAAUCAUACUACUGAGGACAGUCUAUAAUCAAACAGAGGUCAAUUUGUGUGGCCUCUUUUGCACCACAUGUGUCCAUCCUGUGAGUGGACUGGCCGCUCCACACUGAAAACUGUUUGCACUAAUUCUGGCAUAGUGUCCAUCCAUUACACCUUGGCUCUACUCUUCUGCUUCAGCGUACUGUACGUGCCACCAUUGCCUCAUGCCCCCACUCAGCUUGGCACCCACCACACUGCCUGCCUGUGCUGUGCGAGGGGAGUGAACUUGUAUGUGGUGUAAGGAGGGGAGAGGAGCUGAGGCUUGCUGAGAUUUUGAGGGCUGUUUUAGGAAUAAACAUAAAACCUGGUCCGUGUGUGCAUCCUUUUAAUCUGGACUGAGUGUGUCCUAGGGAGGGUCAGUCUCAGCUGUCCCUGAUUUUCCUCUUGAAUGAAAAUAUUUGGUUUAAUCUAGAUGAGACUCUGUGAGCAAACAACUGUGUGUGCAAAGUGGGAACAAGAGAUGUGUCUGUGCAGGCCGACAAGGAGGCUUCUGAUCUAGUUAAACCUAAUGGUGAAAGUUAAUCAAAUACUUUAAGUGUUUCCUUGGUCAAAACUAGUACAUUAUUCCAAAGAGAGUCCAGAGGAAAUAUUUGUUUAUCUACUAGUUGGUGGGUUUUUUCAUUAAUAUUGGCAGAGAGUUCUGUUUUGUUUGUUUUUAAUAUAAGUGAUUUUUAAAUGUUAGAAAUCAAUCAAUAUGAUUCAUACAAAAUAAUUAUUUCAGCUUCCUCUUUCACUCCUUACUCAGCCAAAUCUUCCAUUGGAGUGAGCUGGUGAUUUGGGAAAUUCCCAUACAAGUAGUACAGGAAUGAGUAGAGUAGAAUGGCUGGGGUAAAACCCAACCUUCUUAUUCAUGGAUGUUUACUUUCUAAUAUUUGAAGAACUAGUUCUAGUACUAUAGGCAAUUCUACCUUCAGAGGAUCAGUGUAAAAUUUGUACUGGUUAGGUAUAUUCAUAAAAGGUAAAGAAAUGCCAAGAAAUUUAUUAAAUAAACCAUGCAGUAGUAAUUUUAAUUCAUGGCACAAAUGCCACAGAGUGAUACAGAUGAUAAAAUCAUAAACUCAUGAGAAAUAAUUAGGCCUAGAGACAUCACCCUGCAGUUUUCAUAUAGGAAAAAGUCACUUCAUUACUCUACUGGAAAGGUAAUUACUUGAGAAUCUUUUAUGUCACCAUAUUCUCUACGCAAUUAACUGAAACCAACAGUCUCUGUGCAGUGAACAGUUAAGAGAUUUACUCAUGUGGCAGAAAACCUUUCACCUCCAGGUUAAUAGCCUGAAUUAUGAGUAGGUUGGUCCAGAUCGCUGUCUGGCAACCUCUGGUAGAUGACUUGGUGACCACAGUCAGGGUUCUCAUUCCUGCUUUCAGCCAAGGAGGCAAAGAACUGACCUGAGACUCACCUGACACCUUCUGUGCAUAUUUUGGCAGCCUGUACCAUGCCUGUUUAUGAUUACGCAGAAGACGUUGCUGUUCCACACAAUAAGGGUAUUGGCAUUUUUUUGAAGUAUGAUGCCAGUCUGUACAAAUGAAGUAUUCAUGCAUGGGGGAACUCUUCAUUAAUAUUCUUAAGUAAAUAAUUAGUAAGAAAAUUAUUUAAUAAUUGCAAGUUGGCAGCAAAAGCAAUUGGUUUUUUAUUCUUAUAUGAGCUAGUCCAGUGGAAAACAGGCCUUGAUGAAACCUUAUCCCCCUGACUUGGUACAGCCUGUUUGGAUCCAGAUACAGGGAUAUGCAUGACGGCAAAAUUUGAAAGGGAUAAAGUAAACCAACACUGUUUGGCAAAUAAAUUAACCACAAAAUCUGCACUUUAUUUUAUAGCACACAUGUUCUAAGAGAUGAGAUUAAAAAGUUUGGAAAGUAAACUCCCUUGGUGCAAUGUAGUGUUCUAAAGAUUCAGUGGAUAUACUGAAGAGAAGGCAGUGAAAAGCUUUUCCAUCUGCACAAAAUCCUAAUGUGCCAAACUGUUUCCAAUGAAUGAAAAAAACAGUUAAAUAUGCUGACUUUUUAUUAGGAUUUGCAAAAUCUUCUAUUAACGCACUGUAAUUUUGCACUAUUUUGUAAGAAAAGAAAAAAGGAAAAAGAAAAAAGGAACUGAAAAAGAAACAGAAAAAGAAAUCUAAAAAUAGAUGCCAAAUGUAUAUUUUGUAAAAUACUAUUUUUCUUACAUAAAGUGUCAUCACAUUGUGAAUCUGUGUUAUUGUAAACUGUGAAAAAAUGUGAUGUAGUCUUGUGACACAGCCUUCCAAGGGCCAUUUCUAACACACAGAUUAGUCACCUGGACUUGUUUAUAUGAAACAUAUUCAUAAUCUGAGAUCACUUUUAUACUUAUUUUUUGUAGACUAUUUUUCCACAUUUACAACACAACUGUUAUUUUAUAUCAAACAUUAAUUUUGAUUUAAAAUAUUAUUUGUGUAGGUGGGUGGGUAUCUUAAAUGUGCCAGAGAUUCAAAACUGUAACAAAGAUAAUUCAGAAAUUAUUCUUUGCCAAACUGUAAUGCUACUGAAAUCAAAGACAUUUUGUGGAAUAAGCAGACAAACUGUCAAUAAAUGAUAGUUUCUAUUCCAUGAUAAUGAUGUUAAUGUUACAUUUGCAAGGAUAAAUGCCUGUAGUUAUGAGCUGCAUUUCCCUUCUGUCUUUCUGUAUGUUGCGGAAAGGAAACUGGGUGGCAUAGCUGAGCGACAUCAAUAUUCAGCCACUCACAUAAUAUGCCAUGGACUUGACCUCUGAAAUAUAGUGGUGAAAACUAGGAAAAAAAAACCUAAACUGCCUGUCCUAAUUCAAACUCACUUUCUUUGGUGGGUCAUGUGAAAAGACUCUUCGAGCAAGAUCAGGACCAAAGUCCCUUUCUUGUGUUCUUGAGCUUACAGAUAUAGCAUUGAGUGGGAUCUGAUACGAACCCUUGCUUCAUGCUCUCAGAGAGCUAAUGAUAGUCCUUGUAUUGACAAAUUAAGCUUUUAUGUUUUAUAUAGUAUAUAUAUAAUGCAUAAAUUCGCGUGUAAGAAAUAGUAAUCAUGCAAAAGUGAAUUUUCAUAAAAAUAAUGAAAAUCAUUCUUACCUGCAGGCACAUUUUAAGAUGCCAUGUUAAAAGGAGAUCUUGUAAAAAGCUGUUUUUUAUUUAUUAGUGAUUGUAUAUUUUUCCCCAUGAACUAGACAUUUUAUAACAGGGAUUCUACUAAGCUGUUUCUUUGUUCCCUUUGAACAAUAUCAUCACUCAGAGAUGCAUCUGAAAAAUGUAGAGGUUCGAUCACUUAUGUUUUUCAGUAUUUUUUUAAUUUGAUGUUGUUAAACUUUUUCUGAUUACCUAUAGCUAUAUUCAGAGUUUUCAACACAAUUUGACUGCAGUCAGAAGAUACCUACUGUGUGAAACUACAGGUAACUGUAACUAUUUCAAGGACUUUCAUCAUUUCUGGGAAAAUUAAUAUUUCAGAACUCUGAUUAUAAGAAGGUUAACAAGCAGCUCACUGACUUAUUUAUCGAGCACUGGAAUUCUCCCCAAAGGAUAAACACUGAAUUAUGUAAAUAAUAGUGCUCUAUAUAAGCCUAACAAAUUAUUGUAAUAGGUAUAUUUAAAAUAAAAAGAGAACAUUCUAA